CGCCACACCCGAACCAAGAAAUACGACAGAAGAGGCCAAGACGAGACAAGACCUCGCACGAAACGAUGACGAAGAGGACGAGAUGAGAGACGAGGGGAACACCGCCCCCCGGGUCACCCCCUUCUCAGUCAUGGAUAUCCUGGACCCCCACAAGUUUACUGGACGAACCACGGACGAUGACCUUCAAGACUCCUCGUCAGACAGACAAGACGAAGACGAUGCUUAUAUAUCAGUGUGUUCAGACUCGGGGGACGAGGCUGACGUAGGGACGAAAGACGAAGGGACGACGUCCCCCGGCGGCCAUCGGAGGGGCGGCUCUGGGGGCGGCUCCGGAGGCGGGAAGCCCCGGAGAGCUCGUACGGCCUUCACUUACGAGCAGCUCGUAUCUUUGGAGAAUAAGUUCAAGCAGACGCGAUACCUGAGCGUCUGCGAGAGGCUGAACCUGGCGCUGGCGCUUAACCUGACCGAGACGCAGGUGAAGAUCUGGUUCCAGAACCGACGGACCAAAUGGAAGAAGCAGAACCCCGGAUGUGACGUCAACACGCCCACACAGCCGCCCAGUCCGCCCAUGUCUGCUUAUCCGGGGGGGCUUUUGCCCCCUCCUCCGCCCCCUUUGUUGUGUCCUGCCCCCCUCUCGUAUAGGGGGCCCCUACACCCCCACUCCCCUCUCGCUGCUCUGUACCUGCACCACCUCGCUCGCUGA